UUCUGGGAGUCAGGACACCUGGGUCCUCUCUGGGCUCUGGAGGGUGGGGGUCUGGAGCAGGGCCUCACUAGUAGUUCUUGGGCGCCGGCAUGGCCCUGGCCAGGGGGGGCCGAGCCAGGGGGCCGUGCAGGAGAGCAGGUGCCAAGGAGGUGGCGUGCCGGCUGGGCUGGGCUGGGCCUGACCCCUGGAACGGCUCUGGCCCUGGGGAGACUUGUGUUUGUUUCUUCACGGCUAAGAAUGUCCUGGGGCUUUGACGCCUAGAGAACCCAGGCGUCCGAGAUCCCAGCCCCUAUUCCCAGCCCCCAGCCCCUCUCUCUACGCAGAGAACCCAGGUGUCCCGGCUCCCAGACCCCUACUGCUCUUAAGCCCCCAGCCCCUCUCAACUCCCCAAGCUGGAGAGAACCCAGGUGUCCGGGGCUCCCGGCCCCAACUCCCCUCCCAGAGAGAACCCAGGUGUCUGGGGCUCCUGGCUCCCCUACUCCCUCCAACCAGCCCCAACUCCCCUCCAGGGUGAGCAGAGGAGCCAGGGGUCUGGGCUCUCAACACCCCCAUCCCCCAGAUCCUCCCAAAGUACCCAAGUGUCCAGGCUGCCAGGGCCCCUGCUCCCAACCCCCCCCCGCAGAGAACCCCCCUCUCCCAGCCCCCCGCACCCCAGUCGCCAUGGGGGCCCCGGUGGCUGCAUCUGGAUCUCAUCGGCCUGGGGGUGCGGGGAGCACCGGGGGCUGAGCUCAUGGAGCCAUGCUGAGUCACGCGGCCCCCGCCCUCAGCUCUGGGAUCGGGGCCAGCCCGGCUGCCUCGGCCCCCGCUACUGCCCUGCCGGCCUGCGAGGGCACCCCCUGCUGGACCCCUGCAGCUCAGCACCCCCUAGUGCCCCCUGGGGGGUGGGAGAUGGGGUCAGAGCUACUGACCCGGGCCUGGCUGUGAUGGUGCGAGCAAGUGCUCAGUGUGGGGAAAACAGCGCUGGUCAUCACAUGGCACCCCCUACUGCCCUCCCCGGUGCAGAGCGCCCCUGCUGGAGCCCCCGCCCGGCUGUGGUGGCCUCAAGGCCAAGUACAGGGUUAACCACCCCCCCAGUGGUGAUGUCACCUCCUGGUUCUCAGUACUAGUUUCAUUUUCAGCUGGGUGCUGGGUGUUGGGUGUUGGGUGACCUCCUCCACCUUGGGGAGGUGCCUCUGGCCCCAGAAGCUCUGAUCUGAGGGCUCCCCCUCCCUUGGGGGCGGGGGGCAGCUGUGACGCCUGGGUCCCCUCGCGGGCGGGGGGGGCGGGAUGGCUUCCCUGCAGCACCUGUGCCUGGUGUGGCUCAGCCUGAGGCCGCCUGGGGCCUGGGCCAGCCUGGGUGCGGGGGUGGAGGAGUCGCAUAGCCUGUCCUACCACUACACGGCCACCUACGACGCCGGGGGCCUGCGGGAAUUCUGGGCGGCGGGAGCACUGGAUGGGGCCCCUAUCGACCGCUAUGACCGCGCCACCCGAGCCAAGCUGCCUGCCCAGCCCUGGAUGCGGGAUGGGCUGGAGCCUGACUACUGGCGCCAGGGCGGGCUCUCCCGCGCCGCCAAGGAGGCCUGGUUCAAUGAUGCCGUGGCCACGCUCCAGCGCCGAACCAACCGCUCCCAGGGCACGCUGCAGUGGCAGCACGGCUGUAUGGUGGAGCCUGGCGGGCUGGUGCGGGGCUGGUACCAGUUUGCCUAUGAUGGUGCUGACUUCCUCCUCUUUGACACUGACAACGAGCGCUGGCUGGCACCGUCCCGCUGGGCCGAGGUCACACAGCACCGCUGGAGUGCCCAGCCCGACUUCAGCCGCUACGUGCAGCGCUACCUGACUGAUGCCUGCGUGGAGUGGCUGGGUCGUUUCCUCCACAGCCGGCGUGCCUGGGUCAGCCGCCACGCUGCCCCACAGGUGCAAGUCUGGUCUCACCCGUCCCGGGAGCAGCCAGGGUGGCUGGUACUGACCUGCCUGGCUGGGGGCUUCCCCACAGCAGCCGUGAAGCUGGGCUGGCACCGAGGCAACACCACGCUGAAAGGGGUUCUAGCGGGGCCGGGCACGCUGCCCGCUGGUGACGGCAACUUCCAGUGUCGGGGCCAGCUGCUGGUGCCCGCUGAGCAGGCCCAGGGGGUGCGGUGCCAGGCCAGUCACGGGGACCUGGCAGCUCCGCUUGAGGCUGCCUGGGAACCCCCAGCACCCAGCAUAGCCAGUGUCAGCCCUUGGGCCGUAGCAGGACUGAUGGUGGUCGGGGUCUUGGUGCUAGGCAUAGCCCUGCUGCUCUGGAAGAGACGAGCCUCCAGAAACGACACGAGUUCCAUGGAUUCCCUGGUAUUUGACCCUAUAAACUCUGGGGCCAGCUGAGCCGAGGCUGGGACCAUCUGUUUUCCUAGCAGGACUCUUGCGUUGCAGUUGCUUUCCAGUGACCUGUGGCCGCUGGUGUUGCUGUCCUUGCUUUGGUUGACAGGGUACACCCUCCUCACUCGGAGCCAGACCCCCCCAGCCAAGGCCUUUUUGGGGGAAGGGGUCCCAGCUCACUCAUCAUUGCCCAGCUGUUGUCAUUGCCCAGCUGUUGCUGUGGCUUUGCUCUGGGCUCCUGGCAUCCACGUGUGCGAGGAGUGAUGAGACUAACACAAAUAAUAAUGGAUAAUUCAUUUAAAUGA